GAACAUAUGAAGAUGGUGUUCAGUUUGCGCCCAGCUACGACAGUUGAUUUACAGAAUAAAAAAACAGGAAUUGAACAGCAUAUUUUCAUAAUCGUUUUGGCUUCUCGUUAGUGAAAUUAGUGGAAAACAAACGAAACAUAAAACAAGGCGAUCAAUCAAGUGAAUUUUCAUUGAGACGGAAUAAAAUUUACCCCAAAAUGGUGUAUAAUUUCAAAGUAUUCAAAAAGUGCUCCCCAAAUGGCAAGGUCACUAUCUACAUGGGCAAGCGUGAUUUCGUCGACCACGUGUCAGGAGUAGAACCGAUCGACGGUAUCGUCGUACUUGACGAUGAGUACAUUCGUGAUCAGCGCAAAGUGUUUGGCCAAGUUGUUUGCAGCUUCCGCUAUGGGCGCGAGGAAGAUGAAGUCAUGGGACUUAAUUUCCAAAAAGAACUGUUCCUAGCAUCGGAGCAAAUAUUUCCCCGACCGGAGAAAUCUGACAAGGAACAAACUAAACUGCAGGAUCGACUACUGAAAAAACUUGGCUCCAAUGCCAUCCCGUUCACUUUUAAUAUUUCUCCGAAUGCACCGUCGUCUGUGACAUUGCAACAGUCCGAGAAUGACCAGGGGGAACCAUGCGGAGUUUCAUACUAUGUCAAGAUAUUUACUGGUGAGACGGAAACCGACCGUACCCACCGUCGGAGUACGGUAACCUUGGGUAUUCGGAAAAUCCAAUUUGCUCCAACAAAGCAGGGCCAACAGCCGUGCACGGUUGUACGUAAAGAUUUCAUGCUAAGCCCCGGAGAACUUGAACUGGAGGUCACUCUGGACAAACAGUUGUUUUUGCAUGGUGAAAGGAUAGGUGUCAAUAUUUGCAUUCGUAAUAAUUCCAACAAAGUAGUCAAGAAAAUCAAGGCCAUGAUCCAACAGGGUGUGGACGUGGUCUUGUUCCAAAAUGGAAGCUAUCGCAAUACUGUCGCUGGCAUCGAAACGAGCGAAGGUUGCCCCAUUCAACCAGGAUCCAGUCUGCAGAAAGUGAUGUAUCUCACUCCUUUGCUAUCUUCCAAUAAACAGCGCCGAGGAAUUGCUUUGGAUGGGCAGAUCAAGCGUCAUGAACAAUGUCUUGCGUCUACUACUUUAUUGGCUCAGCCAGAUCAACGUGAUGCUUUUGGCGUAAUUGUUUCUUACGCAGUUAAAGUGAAACUGUUCUUAGGAGCUCUUGGUGGAGAACUAUCUGCCGAGCUGCCGUUUGUUCUGAUGCACCCCAAGCCCGGUAGCAAAGCGAAAACCAUGAUACACGCUGACAGCCAAGCUGAUAUCGAAACAUUCCGUCAGGAUACCAUCGACCAAGGACAGUCAGUGGACUUUGAUUAGGCACACUCCACAUGACGGGCUGGUCUUCAGGGAAACCUUCAUAUCAGUACUUCUGCUUGAGAAUGUGGAUUAUGAUAACUAUGAAAUGAAUCAUUAAUUUUCUAUAAAUGUCAUAUCAAUGUCUAAAGUUAACUAUUAACGUAAUCCAAAGAUAAAUAACCAUUGAUAUUACAUAAAUUAACCUGAUAUGAGUAUUUAUUCGAGAUGCAACAAUGAAGUGCAAGAAAAAUAUAAGAUUUGUUGAAAUUGUUCAUAGUUUUAUCAUAUUAA